UACUACACAGUAAGGUCACACUACAAGUCCCGUCAUCACCUGCGCGACGGCCUAGCUUCUUAUCCGGUGUCCUUGCUUUCGGUCACAGUUUGCCCGGCUUCACCAUGUUCUCUGCUCGUGGUCUUUUGGGUCUUCGCCGGGUAGUACUGGGUCAUGUAAGAUCUUAUGCCGAAGCUGCACCAGCGGGAUCACCGGCUAUGAGCUUCACAUUCGCCUCCCCUAACCAGGUAUUUUACAGUGGAGCUAAUGUGAAGCAAGUAGAUGUUCCCACAACAACAGGAAUGUUUGGAAUCCUCGCCAAUCAUGUCCCCACGCUACAAGUUCUCAGGCCUGGCCUAGUCACGGUGUUAAGUGAAGAUGGGACCACAACCAAAUACUUUGUGAGCAGCGGCUCAGUGACUGUGAAUGCAGAUUCCUCUGUGCAGCUGUUGGCUGAGGAGGCAGUGACUCUGGACAUGCUGGAUCCAAGUACUGCAAAGUCAAACCUGGAAAAGGCCCUGACAGAGUUGCAGAGUGCCGGAGAUGAAGUUGCCAAGGCAGAGGCACAGGUUAACUUAGAGGCUUGUGAGGCCAUUGUUAAAGCCCUGGAAUAAGGACAGGGGUUUUGUUUGUUGUACAGCAAUGUUUCCAGCCGCCGUCCCCCGAGUAAUAAAAAAAAAAUUUCAAAAA